CCAUUCACUCAAGAGACCCUUUGCGACGACGCGAAACAGAUGCCGAAGGACUAAACAGCUGUGCCGGAACAUUGCUCGCGACGCGAUAAGAGCCCGUCAUGGCGCUGAAACAAUGCAGCAUGUGCGAGCGUACGUUUACCAAGCUUGAGCACGUCAAGCGACACGAGAGGUCGCACACACGCGAGCGACCGUAUGAGUGCCCGACAUGCAAGAAACACUUCUCCAGAAGCGACGUCCUAUUUCGACAUUGCAAAGGCCAUGCGCAAAAUGCCAUGAAUCGGAUGAAAAACAAUGAGCAGCAAAAUCGUCACGAACAGCAAGACUUUCGUCACCACUCGCUAGAUGACACUCACACUCCUCGCGGAACUGCGUUACGAAGCGGAAACGGCCCGACUCCGGCAGCGACACCACAAGUCCGAGAAGACCCCAGCUUGUCGCCAUUAUCGAGGAGAAGAGAAUCGCAGCUACAGCAAGUCAAUGGGGAAGGCCAAUUUCUAUCGCCAAAUACACAUCCUCGGCAACCUUCGAGAUUACAGCCACUGUCACCAGGCGAAGACCGUAUCGAAGCGCUCAUCAAUGCAGCACAGCAUCUCGAACCAUCGGCGGACACACCCUGGCGGUCACCAUCACCUAUGAUUAUCGCGCGGUCGGAUAGUGGACAUAUGAUGAAUCGCACCCACCACGAAAGUAUGGGUCCGCCCAUCGACCCGGCGAUGGAGGCCCUCUCCUUCUCGCCAGCUGCACACGUGUCGAGCCUGGAUCAAUGGGCUUUUGAGCUAGUACAAAGCAAUAAUCCAGUCCCGAAUCGAACACCAGCCGAUGCAUUGCAAACGUGGCUCUUUCCCUUGGAAAGCGACAUGCAUACGCCCCACGGCUCGCAUCACAUGGGAGUAGAUGGCUUCUUUGACCACGAGGCAUUCCGUGCACUUCCAGAUAACCAGCCCAGCCCAUCCGGCAGUAGUGUCUCUAUAGCGAGUAGAGUCCCACGAGAACGAUUCCAGCGGGUGCAAAGUUGUUGGCCUUCGCGGAAUCCGAAGUCUUCGCGACUAAUGCCAGAGCUAUGGCAAAGUCUGGUCACUUGCGAUUGCACGAACAUUCUUUCCGAGGUCUCCUCUGGAACUGUGGACACGCCCAUAAGCGAAAGGGAACGGAGAAAUUCGCGCUGGGGCCUCGAUGAAGAGUGUAGAAGCAUGCUCCAGGGUGCUUUGAACAAUGUGCCACUGUCUGGCCCGACGCGAUCAGAGUCCUAUGGCGACACUGCAUCUUCAAGUGGAGACGCAGCAGGAAGCCCAAGCAUCGAUAAUGUACGAUUUCCACCCGCAGAGAUUCUGGACAUCGCAAUGGAAAUGUACCUCUACUACUUCCAUCCUACGCUCCCCAUCAUCCACAUUCCGACAUUCUCGGCAAAGAAUUCACCCCGGCCUUUACUACUGUGCAUGUGCCUCAUUGGUCUUAGUAUUUUGGGUACAGCAGGCGCGGCAAAGUUUGUCACACGAACAUUCCCGGCUGUACUACAAAUAGUUUUUACGGAGCUUCAAUCCCUAUCAUCAGCCAAUCAUCCACCUCAUAGACAAAUGCGCAUCAUUGCAACGAGCUUACUCGCUCUGAAUCUCGCGUCUAUAACGGGGCGGAAGAGUCGCAUAGCGCAGGCCGAGAAGAUGUACGCGGAGCUAAUAACGGUUGCUCACAAACAAGGACUAUUCUCCGCCAAUGAAGGUGUAAAAGUAGAUGCUCUUCUUGAAGAGGUCGUGGAUAUCGAUGCAAAAUGGAAGGCGUGGUCGAAGAUUGAAUGCGGUAAAAGGAUCAUCUUUGGUCUCAUCGAAGCAGAUUGCUGGUGGGCAGCCUAUCUUUCCACUACACCCAUGAUCCGGCCGGAAACAGUCCAAAUCCUCCCUCCCUCAGAUUACACCCUCUACCACGUCAACUCGGCGAGUAAAUGGUUCCACCUCGUGCAACGCGGCUCCAAAAUUCACUCGAACAAAAUCACGCCAUCCUUCCAUCCAACACCAGGGCUGAAGCUCGACGCAUCAAGUUUCCGAAGUCUUUUGACUUUGCUACUACUCCGCAUCUACGAGUCAAACGAGCGCCUCGCCUCCGGCACAGGUGUUUCCCAGAAACAUCUCGAACCCUGGCGCAUCUACGCCGAGGACCCGCGGAGCAGGGAUAUCUUGCCCCUCCUGGUGAACCUGUCGUCGUCUUCCAUCGACGCACUGCGCACCGCUGACCUCAAUUCUGCUGUCCUCUGGCACGCAUCCUGCAUGAUCCUCGGCGCAAACAUGCGCUACUUCGAGAUCGCCGCAGGGCGCUCAGGGCCAGAGCCCGCUGUCAACGCACUAGAAGACAUAUCCGCAUGGUCACAAACUCCAGCCGCGCGCCGCUCCGUCCUUCACGCUGCGCAUAUUUACAAACUACUUUUCGACCGCAAGGUAUCUGAUAUCGUUAAUCCGCACAGCGUGGUCGCCUUGUUCCACGCGGCGCUUGUGCUGGGCCUGUAUAUCUUCACGUUACCUCCAGAACCAAUACCAAUACCUCCUACUUCGGCAGCAGCAGCAGCGUGCGGAGGCCUAAAUAUCGAACCAUGUAUCGAGCUGCUCGACAUCGUAGACUGGAUUUCCGUCGGCCAAUUCGGCCUUAUCGACCACCGCGCACAAUCGCCUCUUAAUAACAACAGCAGCAGCAAUGGCAAUAAUAACAGUAAUAAUAACAGCACCUCCUCUUCCGCAAUAAAAUUCAUUCGUUCUGGUGGGACCUUUAGCAUUACGGGCGUCCCGAUGGAGGGCGGGUAUCUCGCUGCACGCCGAACGCUACUACACUGUGCGGAUCUGAUGGAGGGCAUGGGCAGGUGGAAGAGUCGUACUUUCUCGCAGAUUCUACAUAUUAUGAGUGAUGAUUUGACGGAUUACGAAGGGUUGGAUGAUGGCGAGGAAGGAGAAGGAGAAGGAGCAGAAGCAUGACGGUUGCGGUCGUCCUCUUCCUCGUUGUGCUUGUCUAUCACGCAACUGAGGGAUUUAUGGGGAAGAGGACGACUGUUAGGUUGAGUUGGGUGAGAUAAUAGUAAGAAAAAAGAGUGCGGUGUGUGUAUAGGUGUUCUUGGUUGGAGUAAAGAUAUGAUGCAUAGGUUGGUGUUGUAAGCGAUUGGGUUGUUUAGCAUUUAUGGGCGAGUAUCAAAGGCUUAUGGCUAUCGUCAUUGAAUCUAUCUAUCAGGCUAUACAUCUUCCAGCGCAAAGCCUCCGAGAACACUGAACCCUCGCCCUCAAGUCGACCCAGUAAAACUACUAUAGGAAGUCCGAGGUCUACAUCUUACACCUUCAACCCUGUAAGCUUCUCCACAAGCAUAUCAAACGCCCCGU